AUGCUUACUUGUCACAACGUCAAGGUACUAGAACUCGUCAAACGAGGUCAUGAAUCAGGAAUCCCUUUCAAUGGCCCAGAGGAAUACAUCGAUACACCAGAGCUGAGGGGAUUACUUCGAACAGCUGCAGCGGAUGCAAUUGUUUUGCUAAAAAACGAUAAGGCCAUUCUCCCGCUACGUGAUCAGCACAAAAAGAUCGCUGUUAUUGGUCCCAAUGCCAAACACGCUGUAACAUCCGGUGGAGGUUCUGCCAGACUCUUGUCAACGUACACGGUCUCCCCAUUGGAAGGAAUCAUUGCCGCAGCCAAAGAGAUUAAUGCAGAGGUGAAAUAUACCGUAGGGGCGACAUCACAUAAAUACCUCCCACUGCUAGACCCGUAUAUUCACCGGUCGACUGAGCAAAGGGGGGCAUGUAUUGAAUUUUGGAAUGAGGCCCCCUCUACUGAUUUUCUCGCAACCUCUCCCGAUUUCGGUAGUCCUCUGCCACCUGCAGCAUGGAGCACCCCUACACUCGGGACAAAUUGCUUCUUGAUGGAUGGAAUUGUGAAAUAUUCAACCAAGUUUGUACCUGAUGAAAGCGGAGAUUGGGAGAUUGGCAUGAACAUAGCUGGACGUGGGAAUCUUUUCAUGAAUGGCAAAUUGGUUAUCGACUUGAGUACAAAGCCUUCCAGAGGUGAAGCGUUCUUUGGAUUAGGCACUGAGGAUGUCCGUGUCGUGGUCGAGGGGCUGAAAGCUGGACAAGAGUACGACCUGGAAAUCAGGAUAUCCAAUACCGAAUUUGCCGCCCGGGGCACACCGUACGUAUGCUGGGGUGGUAUUCGCCUUGGUGGGAUUCGAAAGGUAGAUGGAAGAACCGCCAUACAGGAUGCUGUUCAGCUUGCUAAACUGUCUGAUGUGGCUAUUCUGGUCAUUGGACUGAACCAUGAUUGGGAAAGUGAGGGGCACGACCGUUCAGAUAUGGCAUUGCCUGGGUUGACCAAUGAGCUGGUGUUUGAGGUAUUGCGGGCUAAUCCUAACACUAUCGUGGUGAACCAAUCGGGAACUCCGGUUGAAAUGCCAUGGAUAGAUGAAGCUUCAACACUGGUGCAAGCCUUCUACGGAGGAAACGAACUUGGCAAUGGUUUGGCGGAUGUUCUGUUUGGCAAAGUCAAUCCUUCCGGAAAGCUUCCUUUAACAUUCCCGAAACGGCUGGAGGAUAACCCUUCCUACCCUUCUUUUGGAAGCAAGGUGCAAGAACGAGGCAAAGUGUAUUAUAAUGAGGGAAUUUUUGUCGGUUAUCGAGGCUAUCAAAUCAAGAAGAUCGAGCCUCUUUUCCCAUUCGGAUAUGGCCUCUCUUACUCUCAAUAUGAGUACUCAGAUCUCCAGAUAUCGAAGAUAUCACCAGCAGGAGAUUUUUCGGUGUCCUUCAGAAUCAAAAACAUCAGCAACAUGGAUGGCAAAGAGUCAGCACAGGUUUACGUUUCAGAUGCAAAGUCCUCUCUUCCUCGAGCCCCAAAAGAGCUCCAGAGCUUUGCCAAGGUUACUUUGAAAGCCGGGGAAGUCAAGUUGGUGAAAGUGGCUCUUAACCGGGUAGCUUUAAGUUUCUACGAGCAUGAAAAUAUGCACUGGAUCGCGGAGCAAGGCGUCUUUGGUAUCCAUGUAGGAGCGUCGUUAGUAGAUAUCCGACUAGAGGGCGAAGUUGAACUUGAAAAGUCAUUUACAUGGGUUGGAUUGUGA